AUGUCAGGCAAAAACACGCCCGACGCAGUUGUUCCCCCUGGGGCAGACCCUCCCACCUUCGAUAAGACCCCUCCAACCACAAAUGCAGCAACAGCUGCCUCAGCGGCCUCCGUCCGCGCUCUCACCUCGCAGGCCAUCGCCUUUUAUUUUCGAGCUCCCGUCAAGGCCUUCUUCCGGACACGCGUCGACUAUCUCGCCUAUGCCCGUGCCCUCCAAGAGCAGGAGCUCGCCGAGCGCCGGCGCCGUAGGCGGGGUUCCAUAGGCGGUAAAACUGUACCCUCCUCUUCCCCAUCCUCAACGGUUUCCUCUGUGUCUUCAUCCCAAACCAGCUGGCUCCGUUGGAUUCGGGCCCGUCUGCGCGCUACAACUCCCGGUGUGCUAGCUUCUGCGGUCCGGCACUACGGCUGGCGUGUUGUGCCUGACCAGGUCCUACCCCCUCUGAUCGCCAACGUUGGUGUCGGCGCCCUCCUUUACACCACCUACCUGCAUGUGCUCGGGUAUUUGCAUCCCGAGAGCGCUAUUCCCAGCCGCCGUGUAUAUCCCCCGCCAGGACCAGGGGACACCUUUGCUGCAGGCUUAGUAGCAGGUGCGAUACAAAGCGUGGUGGCUGCGCCGCUGGACGCUGUGCAGGCGAGAUGGGACGUGGGCCGGUCUGCGGCGGGCAUGACGGGCAGUGGAAACCCCACGAUCGGAAGAAAGGCUCCCGGGCUUGUGGGACGCGAUGGCCAGAAGCCGAAGAGCAUGUGGGAGUUUAGUGCGGCCAAGUUGAAGGAAAUUGGUCUGCGGGGCAUCUUUGCUGGUUGGGCACUCUCAUUCGUUAAAGAUAGCUUAGGGAGCGCCGUCUUUUUCAGCGUGUUUGAGUACGUCAAAGCGCAGGGAUAUUACAACUUUGUACGGUGGUACUACGGAUCACUCAAUGAGGAUGCGAUCAUCAUGCUGGUGAAGAAGAGGCCUACCCCUCCUGGGAUUAUUGGCCCACUGGAAGAUGGCAGCAGCAGCAGCAGCAGCGGGGCUGAGGACGACGACCUCCCUCGUAUGCCGAGAGUUAUUCGUCCACACUACGCCAUCGAGCCAGCUUUCCUGCUUCUUGCCGGCAUGAGCGCUUCGGUUGCCCAACAGAUCGUGCUGCAUCCCCUGUCCCAUGUUCAGGCUGAACACUGGGAGCGGUUAGAGACCCUAGACCAGCAGGUUCGACGCUUCCGCAAACGACGACCCAGUUACUCCGGAGGCACCUCCUCGUCGUCGAAGUCAUCGCCGUGGGCCCCAUGGAACUGGAGAAAAACGUUAAAAGCAAAUCGUGACGCUUACAAAGUCACAUGGGACCGCUGCGUUGCCGAAGCCAAGGCCACUGGCCUGGGCAUGCGACGAUGGUUGUAUCGGGGUUUCUGGUGGAAUACUAUCCGCCAGGUGCCCAGCACAAGCGCGGGGUUGAUCAUCUUCGAACUGUUCCGGCGAAAAUACGGGUUAACAGAUCAGGUGCGGAUUAAUAGGGAUGGAUAUGACAUUCUCCUAAAUUAG